CGCAGCGCUUGUCCUUCAUCUUCAUCAGAGCUCGAGCGCAGCGCGCGACGUCCACCGACUCUAAGACGAUGGAUUACAAACUCUGAAUUUAGUUACAACUACAAGUGACCCUCGCACCUUCCGGUCAUUUUCCGACGCGCUAACUUUUUUUUUCCUUACAAAUACACCCUAACUAUAUUUUUACACUGAUAUAAGCGCGAUGAUUUCGUUCGUUUACCAUUAACGGCGCGAUACAGGUUUUGAGUUCGUAACUUUUUGCAACUGCUAAAAUCUCAAUUUCAAAACAAUGGACUUAAUAUACUGUAAAGUACUGCUUAUGACUCUCCUGACCGUUCAGGUUCGUAGUGACAGCGCGUCACCGUCACAACAUCCAGGUCUGCAGGUGCUGGCCACAGCUUCACACUACUGGCCUCUGGAUUUGGCGGACGGGAUUCACAGCCUCUCAGACCAGAUUGGGGACAGAACAGGUCAUGUUAAUGGGACUAAUAUAACUGUCAGAAUCCACAACCACACUGUCCUGACUACCCAUAAUUCUUCCUCUGUGUAUACCAAUGACUCUGCCUACACUAACAUUUCCGCCACUGUAGAAAUUGUAGAAGGAAUGGGGAAUAAGGGUAUCUAUCUAAACGGUGAUAAUGGGGCCACUUUCCUUCAUUUUGGCAACUAUAAAGACUCCUGCAUAAGCGAUCCUGCUCUCUGUGGACCUGCCGGGAUAACUUUCUCCUUCUUCUGGAAAAAUAAUGAAAUAGAUUCUCGUUUUGCGAUUGCAUCCGGAGGUAAAAUCAAGUCAAGCGGUUUCUCUGUCUACUCCAACCCUCAUGGCGGAAAGGUGGAGUUCUACACGAGAGGAGACUCCAAGACAUGGAAAGCACAUAUUAAACUUCCAGGGCCCUACUGGACACUCGUGCUCUUUACAUGGACUCAAGCGGAGGGGUUAAAGGUGUACAUUAAUGGGACAUUUAGUGUCGAAGACCCCACAGGAAAUGUUUCACUUAACUACGGCGAUCCCUAUACUGACUUAGUCAUUGGCACAGGAAACACUGGGAAUUACAACCACUAUGCCACAGGGGCCUUUGAUGAAUUUGUGAUUUGGGAGAGGGCCUUGUCCCCUCAGGAAAUAAGGCUGUACUACAGUGCAUUCAUUGGUCGUAAUACAACGCCCUCCACCUUUCCAACCAAAGCGUCCAUCAAUGUCACUGCUGCAACAGAUAUUCAGCUAAAGAGAACCACAGAGAUGCCCAGACCUGCCUCCACAAAGCUGACAGAGGAAGUUCAGAGACUUCAGGACCCCAUGCGGUUACAAGCGCUGGACCUCCUUCAGUCUCUAUCAUUUAGCCUUCCUAACAAGACUAUACCUCAAGAAACUGCCAACAAUCUUACACAGUCUCUACUGAAGAGCGUGGAUGAGGUCAUAACUGCCAGUGACUGGAGAGAAAAUGAUGAGUGGAGUCCAGCGGUCAAUGGGCUGGUGGAAACGGUGGAUAAAGUGAUGGUGCAUAUGGCCUCCAAGCUUCGGUCCGGCCCAGACUCUGAGGCUCCUCUGGCCAUAGGGGGCAAGAGCUCUGUAGCAGAUUACUCUCUGAUGAAGAUCCCUCAGAACUACAACCUGCAAAACUAUCGUUUCCCCACACAAGGGAAGAGUUACAUCUCAGUACCAGGAGAGGCCCUCACAAUGCAGUCUCAGACCACGAUUGUGGGACUUUUCUACCACAAAAUGCACAACUACUACAAAAAAAUAAGCCCUCUUCAAACAAGGAUAAAUGAGGCAGUGGAAUUUAAAGACCAUAAAAUCCAGAUGGCCAGUCAUCUAAUUUCUCUGAAGGUGGAACCGUCUCCUGCUCUGUCUUUCAACCUGUCCACUGAGCCUCUGAUUCGGAUCGUCCUCACGCAUCAGCUGAAUAAAGAACAGCAAUUAAAGGACUUAAACCAAAGUAAUAAAGUGUUCCUGUACUGUGCCUUCCUGGACUAUAGCUCAAAGGAGGGUGUGUGGUCCAAUGAGGGGUGUGUGAGAGCUGAUGGAAAUCUGUCCUUCUCUAUUUGCCUGUGUAAUCAUCUGACAAACUUCGCCAUCCUUAUGCAAGUGGUUCCCAUGGAGCUCUCAAAGGCACACAGGGUGGCGCUGUCCACCAUUAGCUACAUCGGCUGCUCUAUCUCUAUUUUCUGCCUGGCAAUUACACUGGUCACCUUUGCUGUCCUGUCGUCGGUUAGCACCAUCCGUAAUCAGCGAUACCACAUUCAUGCAAAUUUGGCAUUUGCAAUCUUAGUUGCUCAGAUCCUUCUGCUCAUCAGUUUCCGUUUCAAUCCCAGCACGCUCCCGUGUAAGAUCAUGGCCGUAUUGCUGCAUUUCUUCUUCCUGUGUGCGUUCGCCUGGAUGCUGGUGGAAGGGCUGCAUCUCUACAGCAUGGUGAUCAAGGUGUUCGGCUCAGAGGACAGCAAGCACUUUUAUUACUAUGCCAUCGGAUGGGGAUGUCCUCUGGUCAUAUGUGUGGUGUCUAUGACCUCGUCUCUAAACAGCUAUGGAGAGGUUGGCAAUUGCUGGCUGUCUCUGCAGAAUGGAGCCAUUUGGGCUUUCGUAGCCCCUGCUCUGUUUGUUAUAAUGGUGAACAUUGGCAUUUUGAUAGCUGUGACACGGAUCAUAUCCCGGAUCAGCGCCGAAAACUACAAGGUUCACGGAGACGCCAACUCUGUCAAGCUUACUACUAAAGCGGUGGCGGUACUCUUGCCCAUCCUGGGCAUAUCGUGGAUCUUUGGUGUUCUGGCGGUGAAUGACCACUCCCUGCUUUUCCAGUACAUGUUCGCGGUGUUUAACUCGCUACAGGGGUUCUUCAUAUUCCUGUUUCACUGCCUGUUAAACUCUGAGGUGAGGGCUGCUUUCAAACACAAAACCAAAGUGUGGACUUUAACCAGCAGCUCAAUCCGCAACAUCAAUGUCAAACCUUUCAACUCGGACAUAAUGAACGGCAACAAGGGCGGUGUGACUCCCACAAAGAUGAACACAUGGGACAAAAGCUCCAACUCAGCCAACCGCAUAGAUUUGUCAGCAGUAUAAUGGCUUCUGCUCCAAACAGAGCAAGAGGACAGAAGCAUAGCAUUUCUUGUAGAGCACGUGGCUUUCCGUAUCACACUUUAAACGGACUUCAAAUGGUGAACUGGCUACAAACACUCGCAGCUAAUUGUAGGAUAGUUAAUUCACAACACAAAGUUCUCUGAUGUCUUUUCCUCCUGCUGAUGUUCUCUCUGAGACAAACACGGGAUAGACGGUUUGCUAAUACUGUGGCGUGCUGAGGAAAACACUCUAACUCUCACAGGCAGGAGACUCUCCUGAGAUACAGUACCUGUACUGUAACAGUGUUUUUUGGACAACACGCUACAUUUGGAGCACUGUUUGGGCGUCCUCUAAACAGAGGAGUAAUCAAGUAUAAAGUCGUGAGUGUCUCAGCUUUAAUGAGAGUGAAGUAACCCAUCUGUCCAUUAGCUACGGCUUUGAAUUAGACCUGGAAGAGAAGUACAAUACUGGCAAAAAAUUCUCUCAAGAUCAUCUUUGCGAUGGUUUUCCUUUUUUUAUCUAGUAUUGUAAAUGGCACUUGCGUUUAACCAAAUAGGCUUUUUCUUCAACGAGAGGUCAGUGAAAAGAAGCCAUCAACUAUAUGUUGAUGGUCAACCUCAGAAGGUCAUUUAUAAUAUUGCACAACUUUAUUAUAUGUGUGUGUGUGUGUGUGUGUGUUUGUUUGUGUGUGUGUGUGUGUGUCUGUCUGUUACUUUUUUUUAAAGCAAAAAAUGUAUUCUAAAAUAUCAGGGUUGCGUGUGAACUAUGAGAUGCCGAUAACGUUUUUUGCGAUUAACAUAAAUGAAUUAAUAAAUUAAGUUAACGUAUAAAUACUGUUAUUAAAAUAGCAUGAUAUUAAACUAAUUUGGUUUAAUAAUACAAUAAACAUGGCUUCGUUGUACCCUUUAAAUGAUUUGAUGCUGUUGAGAAGGUCAAGACCUCUAAAGUUGGAUAAGCCUUACAGACAUCUGCUCUGUUUCUUCUAAAAUUUAUUUCAAGUUAGAUAAUGCUUUAUUCAAAUAAUUGUUUUGAACAAUGAACAUGGGACUUGUGUCUCAGUAACUGAACACCUAAUUGUACCCUAUUCGUGCACAGUGCCAAAUAAUUUUUCAGUUUGCCACAUUUCAUAAAGGUGGACACUUUUGUGUUGUAUAUAGCAGACACACACGUAUGCGUAACUGUCUGUAACUGUGCCAUCGCAGACAUAUUUAUUGGUACCAAAGCUGGUCAGUGUAUUAUUAAUGUGUGACCAUAUACAGUAUAUCUUUAAAUUAUUGUCGUCGUGUGCCAACAAGACUUUGAUACUGCUUGAAAGACCUUGCUCAGUAUCAUAAACCUAUUUUCUCAACAUUAUAGCUUAAUCGGCUAUUUUUUUGUAGUUUAUGAGCGAAUGUCUUAGCGUUCGUGUUCUCCGCCAAGAACAAAUCACAGAAGGUACUUUGUUUUAGUACCAAAGGUUCAAGGGAGUUUCGCCCCAAAUGAACGUCUGAAGGCCAAGUGCACUUCUCGUCUGAUUGUUAUUUAAUAUUUGAAAAGAGCUUUAUGCAGUGCCUCUUAAUCGAGGGCCGUUCACUAUACCUGUGUGUCUUUAAUGCAUUUGUGUGAUGUCCUUCUUUUGAAAAUGUAGACGUUAUUAUUAGCAGGCCGGGAACACAUAGAGAUAGUACACCAUGUAAGAUUGGAUUUACACAUUUUCAGAUGACACAGCCUUUAGAAGUCUUGAAUAGUGCGUCACGAUGGCACGCAUAAACGGACUUAGCAGUGUUUUGAGAUUAUGCUGUUACACAUAAAGCGACUUUACCGUAGAAAGUGCCUUAGCUCUACAAAUUCCAGUAAAGAGUGUCGUUCUUAAGUUUUUAAUGUGAAUUUUUGACUUUCCCUUUUAUGCGAAAUACGUUUUUAUUUAAGUCUGAAAACCGUACUGUGAUAUGACAUACAUGCGUUGUACAUAUUUGUAAGUCCUAUAUGCAUGUGCAUAUCUCUCUUAGAGCGCCACUUACAAGAGAUCUGAUUAUUAAGACGCGUUUGAUUUUCGCAACUCUGCAGAAUUGAUUUAAUAUAACCGAAGAAUUGACCAACUGCAGAAAUCUUGUCACUGUGCUUUUCAAACAUCCGUUUCCCGAUGCGAAUGCCUAACAAACCCUUCCCACGAUGCCUACUGCUGAUUGACCAACGGUAUGGGGAUAUGCCAUGAAUAUAGAUGAGCUUAGUAAAUGAGUUUUCUGUGUUUAUGCUGGACAGGAUGCGAGUCCUUCAUUAGGGUGUACUGUGAAGAAGGAUCUCCUACUGAGGCCGUGAAACCGUGCCUUCACAUGUUAAAUGAAAACUGAUGACAUUUCCCUCGUAUUUGUCAUGAAAGUCAUUCUGUAAUAUUCCCUGUACAGCUCAUUUGAAUAAAACUCUCUCUAGACGUG